CACAACUCACUCAAAUCAGCAUAAAGAACUGCUUUACCAAAUUUCCAGUCAAUCAAUAUGGAGAGCAUCACAAAAACCCUUGUGCCAAAUGCUCAUGAAAAUAAAAAUGGAGGUGAUCAGAAGGCUAAUUACUUCUCGCAAGCAAUUCAUCUGGUCACUUCUGCUUCAUUGCCUAUGGUUUUGUACAAUGCUAUCAAAUUAAACCUGUUCGAAAUCAUCGCCAAAUCUACUAGCCAUGGAGAGAAAUUAUCACCGGCCCAGAUUGCAUCCAAACUUCCUACUAAAAACCCUGAUGCGGCUUCCAUGAUAGACAGAAUGCUUCUCUUACUGGCCACUUACUCUGUGUUCACUUGUGAUGUUGUUGAAGUCGCUUGUGAGGAUGGAGUUAAGUAUGAAAGAGUUUAUGGGUUAUCUCCAGUAGGGGAAUUCUUCGUGCCGGAUGAGGAAGGCAACACAAUUGCCUAUCUGGCAAAAAUGCUCCAAGACAAAGUUUUUAUUCACAGUUGGUAUGAAUUGGAUAAUGCUAUUCUCGAAGGAGGUGUACCAUUCGAUCGGGUUUAUGGCAUGAAUCAAUUCGAGUACAAUGGAACAGAUCCAAGAUUCAAUGAACUAUUCAAUAAGGGAUUGACUGGUUUAACUUCCACCACAAUGAAACACCUGCUUAAUGAGUAUGAGGGAUUUGAGGGCCUCAAUACUUUGGUUGAUGUUGGUGGCGGUUUUGGAGUAACUCUCCAUAAGAUUGUGUCAAAAUACCCUCAAAUUAAGGGCAUCAAUUUCGAUCUUCCACAUGUUGUUGAGAAUGCACCAUCUUAUCCUGGUGUUGAACACAUUGGAGGAGACAUGUUUAAAAGUGUGCCAAAAGGAGACGCCAUAUUCAUGAAGGGUGUUAUUCAUGAUUGGGGCGAUGGUCAAUGUUUAAAAUUGCUCAAGAAUUGUUUUGAAGCUCUACCGGACAAUGGAAAAGUCAUCGUGAUUGAUUUUAUUCUGCCAUUGAAACCUGAUACCACUGUGUUUGCAAGAACUGUUUGCCAGACAGAUAACCUCAUGAUGGCAGUGAAUCCCGGAGGAAAAGAACGUCCCGAAGUUGAAUUUCAGGCAUUGGCUAUCGGAGCUGGAUUCAAGGGCAUAAAACUAAUAAGGCGUCAUGGCGGGAACAUUGGGGUCAUUGAAAUGUAUAAAUAGAUUAUUAUAAAGAGAAAAUUAACCCCCUAAGAGUACAAAAUAAAGAGUCCAGCAGGACGUAGGGUUGUGCUAGCUGGAAUGAUUAAACGAUGAAUUUGUAACAUGAGGCGAUUGAUGGUUUGAAUCUCGUCAAAAACUAGUAUUCAUAAAAGUAUUCAGAUUAGUCCAUCUUAAUGCUAAAUGUUUAGAUUUAGUUCAAGAAAAAACUCAUUAAGGACGU